UCAAUUAAACUUACCCUCAAACAAAUUGUUAAUCUCUGGGAAAAUGAGCUGUUUGCACCUUUCGCCACCGUCACUAUUUUUAUUUCCUUUUAUGUUUUUGACAUUUGUCAAUUGGAAGUGCAGCUCUAAUUCAAUUGUUUUAAACAGUGGUGCAAAUACAAGAGAUAUUAAUUAUAAUAUGAUGGUGAUUUCCAUUGAACCGCUUUCAACACAAGAUCAUUUCAUUGGAAAGUGUUAAUCAUUGUGAAAUCAACACUAAAUCACUUCAAUUUGCAGUGCGACGUGACAAAUUGAGUCAAGUGCAAAAACACUUGAAGUAAUCGUACCAUUUAUUUACAGUGUAUCAUCUAGUGCAUUAGAGAUGGAGCUACUAGAAUUGUUUUUAUCUUUAGGAUAAGUAGGGUUAAGUUUUGGAGUGUGACCAAUUUAAAGGUCAAGAUGUUUCUUGUUCAAGUAACACGCCGUAACAUUUCCAACUCAGUGCCAGUGGCUUCAUCAUUUGGCCGUUGGUAUCGUGAUUUCUGGCAGCCGGCACCGGCGAACGAGCCACCGUACGAUCAUGUAACGCAGAUUGGUGAUCCGGUUCUGCGUAAAAAAGCUGAUCCGGUCCCGCCCGAAAUGGCAAAGUCUCCAGAAGUGCAAUAUUUGAUAAAAAGCAUGGUUAACGUGAUGCGAAAGUUUAGCUGUGUAGGUUUAGCCGCACCACAGAUAGGAAUUUCACUGCGAAUACUUGUGAUGGAGUUCAAGGAGAAAUUAAAGGACGAAUAUACGUCUGCCGAGUAUAAGAUUAAGGAAAUGGAAACACUACCACUGACGGUCUUUAUCAAUCCCGAACUAAAAGUACUUAACUACGAGAAAAAAACUUUUCCCGAGGCAUGCCAAAGCGUGCGAGGCUACUCCGGUGAGGUGGCCAGAUACUCGGAAGUGUUAUUACGGGGAGUGGAUGAAAAUGGUUCUGAAAAAGAGCUGGCGCUGAAAGGUUGGAACGCCCGGAUUGCCCAGCAUGAAAUGGACCACUUGGAUGGUAUAGUCUACACGGAUUUAAUGAAACGAAAUACAUUCACGUGUACCUGUUGGCAAGCGGUAAAUGAAAAACGUGGUAGGGUGAGUAUAUUCUUCCACAAAAAAAUGAUAAACUAGGCGAAGGGACUGAUUUGAAUUAGAAAAAAAUAUUGAGUUACAUCGUAAAUGUUUUAUAGAGAAAAUACCUUCAGGGAACUCUUCCAGAACAACAUGGUAUUACUCGAAGUUUCCUUUCCUUUAAAUUAUUCAGAUCGAUUUUGAUUUGGUUAUCUAACUCCAUCGCCAUCUACCUAUUCGUGAUACAUGUUGCAAUAAUUUUAUGAGUUUUGUAUAAACCUCUAGACUAUAAAACUGGGUAGGUAUUGGUAGAGCGACGUUUUUUCGCCAAAAUUUUUAUUUGAUAAACACUAGAGCAGCAUUCUGAUGAAAGCAAGGCAAGUAUUUGUUUACUUAAACAUUGAUUAAUACAAUUAAAUUAAUUAAAUUUUUUGUUUGCUUUACAGGCUUCUUCAACAGAGAAGUAAAGUUUAUAUUUGAUGAUGAAUUAUUAUAGAUAAAAUUAAAUUUUAAGUUUUAUAAAUA